AUGAACUCCGGGAUCUGCAAAGCCUGGCCACGAAGCUGGCAGCCGAGCUCGGCGCAAGGGAGGAGUUCGUCCGCGAACAUGCAGGUGGUGUCGUCCUGGACCCUCACUUCCUGCUUUUCGAGUGGCUCUUCACGAAGGGGAACCUGCGAGCGAGCCAACUGCGCCUGGUGA